CAAUUGGACCCAAUGGUAGUUGCACUUGCACAUCCGUGUAGGAUACUCCCCGACAGGAAACAACAACCUGCAAAGUCAGAAGGCGCCUCUUCUCUGGUUGGCAUCCAGAUCGCUCCCAUCUGUGUCUGGCGUAAACCCGGUGCGCGCUGCUGCUGCCUCUUGUUCCAAGACUAAUUUAAGACAGCGCUUUGAACCCCGUGCCAUAGUGUACUGGAGCUGAGUGUUGUGAAUGUGUUAGGUGCGCUGCUUAGCCACUGCGCAGAGCCUGAGAAGAGUUUAAUCGCAGCGCUACACCAACAAACAAGGCGUUUGGGGUUGUUUUCUAUUUACCAAGAGGACUGUGAGGCAGGAUCUCAGCAUGGAUACAGCCAGCAACUCUAUCGGGGAAAGUAAGCCGGUGUGUCAGUGUGCUCCAAAGUCCGCGGUCCAGCGGUGGCUUCCAGGUUUUCCCAUCGCUCUGUGCAUGCUGAUGUCCCUGAGCUCCAUCACCGUGUGUCUUCUGAUGAGCCUCAAGACCCACCAGCUGGAGAACCGACUGCAGAUGGAGAUGGACAAAGCGUCCAUCUUCCAGCCGCCGCACAGGGCUUGUCUUAACGAGGAUGGGACCCUAAUUCCUGAGCUGAGCACUUCAGUGGGGAGGCUCGUGGAAGAGAAAGUGGGGGUGCUGAUGCCGAAAUCAAGGACGACUAGGGAUGCUGGCCAAGAGUGCUCCUGUCCUCCAGGGCCUCCAGGAAAGCGUGGAAGAAUGGGAAGAAGAGGCGAACCUGGACCUCCUGUAAGUACAUUUCCAUCUCAUCCAGGUAGUAUUAAAAUCAACUAAUAAGCUAUUAAACAAAGAGAAGUACUUUCACACUCGCGCACACACACAGGUACAU